AUGAAAGACACAGAAUUAUGUACUGACCCCGACGAAAUACCCAAUCUCUUUGGUGAACUCUUCUAUCACAAUAGCUCGGACGAAAACUACAAUGCAUCGUUUCUUAAUAACAACAUUCACAUGAGAAACCAACACCAUACAUCCUGCAUUAACACCAAUCUAGAUGAGCAGACAAAACUUAACUCCCCGAUCCAAUUAGCUGAAAUGGUCAGAGCUACAUCAAAAUGCACUAGUCUCGCUCCUGGACCAGAUGGAAUACCGUAUUGCUUCAUCCAUAACCUAUCCACUUCCGCCCUGGAGUCAAUCGUCAUGGUAUUCAACAAAAUAUGGUCAUCCGGAGUAAUACCUAAAAAAUGGAAACACUCCAUAGUCAUUCCGAUACUUAAACCAAACAAAAACAAAUUCGAAACCAAAUCAUAUAGACCAAUAUCACUCCUCAAUACCAUGGUCAAGAUAUUGGAAAAAAUCAUCGACUCCAGACUUAGAUGGUUUCUUGAAAAAAACAAUUUGCUCGACACUCGCCAGAACGGCUUUCGAAGACAUAGAAGUACAAGCAACACACUACAUGAUAUACAAGCGGAAAUACAUUCUACUCUCGAAACGAAACAAGUGAUGGGCCUCAUAGCCCUCGACAUAUCCAAAGCUUACGAUACUGCAUGGCGUCCUCGCAUAUUAAAAAUCCUGUCAAAUAUCAUAUCUAUUGACAAAUUAUUCAAUUUCAUAAUGAAUUUCCUAACCGACAGAACCUUUCAGGUUAGGUGCAACGACAAACCGUCUAAAAUAUAUACACAACAUAACGGCGUACCCCAAGGGUCCACCCUUUCGGUAUCUUUAUUUCUUUUAGCAAUCAAUGAUAUACCUCAAGCUAUAGCACCCCCCGUAAAAUGCACAUUGUUCGCUGAUGACUUCAACAUUUUCUGUAGAAGCAUCAGUCCCAAGACAACCAUAACAUACUUGCAGGACACUCUAACAGCACUGCAAGACUGGACACUCGUAUCAGGCUUCUCCUUUUCAGUUGAAAAAUCCCAGUGCACCUUUUUCACCAAUAAAAGAAAUACUGGCACCACCACUAUAACAAUGAACAACAUACCCAUCCCCAUAAAAAAGUCCAUAAAAAUAUUAGGUAUACUGUUUGACUCAAAAAAUACAUGGAUACCACAUCUCAAAGCUAUCCGAAAGGAGUCGCUUAUAAGAAUAAAUACACUGAAAUGCUUCGCCCACAAAUCAUGGGGAAGCCAUUCUUCCAGCCUAUUACAAAUAUACAAAGCACUCAUCUUAUCCAAGCUUGAAUACAAUUCUUUUCUGUUCAUAAAAGCUAAGACAUCAGCACUUAAAAUGAUAGACGUUGUACACAACACGGGCUUAAGAUUAGUCACCGGAGCUUAUCGCUCCAGCCCAAUUCCCAGCGUCCUCAACAUAGCCGGAGUCGCGCCACUAGAUAUCAGGAGGGUACACAACACCAUGUUACUUGCAACUAGACGUACCCAAAACAAUCUCAAAGUAUCGAAACAAACCACGGACUCCCUAGAAGAUACCCAUUUCCCUCACUCAGACGUUAUUAAAAACGAAAUCUCUCUGAUGGCCCCUUGGCUAUUCAACAACUAUGUAAACAGUGAACUUAGCGAACUCGCUAAAAAUGAUACCCCACCCAUAAUCUUCAAACAACACUUACAAUCUAUCAUUUCCGACCUCUGCGACUACACUGAAAUAUACACCGACGGCUCCAAAACGGAUAAUGGAGUUGGUGCUGCAGUAGUAUUUAAAGACCACGUGUCAAUGCUAAGACUCCCCAACUUCUGUUCAAUAUACACAGCGGAGGCAACAGCAAUUUCUUUUGCCCUAGACCUCAUCAUAACAAAACGCAUACUCAAAGCAGCUAUUCUAAGUGACUCGCUAAGUUCGCUAAGGAGCAUCGAAAAUCCCUUCACACCGAAUGAAAUCGCCAGAAAAAUUCAGAACCAACUGCAUAACCUCACUAAUUCCGGAUACUCCAUCAUCUUGAUAUGGAUCCCCAGUCACAGCCAAAUCACGGGAAACGAGAGAGCCGACGAAAAUGCUCGCCAAGCAAUAACAUCCCCUGACGCUAUAAAACUUAAUGGCUUUACUCUACACGACGCCAAAUCUUUAUCUAAAACAAUCACAAGCAACAUAUGGCUUCGGGCUUGGAGACUAGGUUCUACAAAACUGAACGAAAUCAAAAACACUACUCUAGCAUGGCCCUCUCCACCGAACAUAUCUAGGAAAACAGAAACGGCAAUCAACAGAAUGCGAAUUGGGCACUCAUCGUUGACUCACCAACACCUGAUGAAGAGGGAAGACCCCCCUAUCUGCACAAGCUGCGGCACCCAGCUCACAAUCAAACAUAUCAUCACAGAAUGCCGCCAAUUUGACAGAGAAAAACAGGAAGCAGGA